AUGCAGAGUUGUCGUUCUUGGGCUUUGGUGAUCAGGCAGCAGAGUGAGCUCUGUCUUUCUGUCUCUCUAAACAGGUCUUCACACAAUGAACUAGAAAAGCACAGACGAGCCAAACUCAGGCUCUAUCUGGAGCAGCUCAAGCAGCUGGUGCCCCUGGGCCCUGACAGUACCCGCCACACCACGCUGAGCCUCCUCAAGCGGGCCAAGAUGCACAUCAAGAAACUGGAGGAGCAGGACCGCCGGGCACUGAGCAUCAAGGAGCAGCUGCAGCGGGAACACCGCUUCCUGAAGCGGCGCCUGGAGCAGCUGUCCAUGCAGAGUCUGGAACGUGUACGCACGGACAGCACGGGCUCCGCCGUCUCCACUGAUGACUCAGAGCAAGAAGUGGACGUAGAGGGCAUGGAGUUUGGCCCUGGUGAGCUGGACAGUGUUGGCAGCAGCAGUGACGUGGACGACCACUACAGCCUGCAGAGUGGUGGCUGCAGCGACGGGGGCUACGGGCCCCCCUGCCGGCGGCCUGGCCACCCUGGCCUCUCGUAGGCCCAGUGCCCUCUGCUCCUUGGCCCGCCUGCCUACCCGGCCAAGCGUGCCAGCCCUCCAGUCCUCGAAAGCCUCUCCGCGGGCCCGCCACUGUGCCAUUCUGGAAGCUCCAGCUGCCGCCCGGGCUGCCCGCCUCCGCCUGCCUGCCGGUCAGGGCCUGCCGUGCCGCCCACCCCUCCCAGCUGGGCAGGGACCCCUGCAGGGAGACGGGGCCCAGCUCCCACAUCCCGGAGCCCAGCGUAGCCGCCCACGGUCUGUUCUCAGAUUCCUAAUCAUUCCAGAAGUAUUAAAUAUCAUUGCUGCAAAUCUCGGCGGGCACCGUGUGAGGGGCUUAAUGACCACUGCGGGGAGCUCAGACCCCAACCCUGGAUCCCAGGAGAAAGGAGUGGACCGAGGAAGGAAGGAAGGCGUGGCUCUCCGUCCAUCUGUCCAUCUGUCUGUCAGUCCACGUAGGCUCCUGAGGCCUGGACAGAGGGACCCAUGAAGGGCGGGACUCGGGUGAGCACCCUGGGGCAAGUGGGUGGAGAGGGUCCUUUGUACCCCACAGGUGUCAGGAGCCAGGGCUGGGCUCCUGGGGGCAGGGCAGGCCACCCCAUCCCAAGCUGGGCAGCUUCUGCUCCGUUAGGUCCCUUGGAUGUACACAUGCACACGCCUAGGGACACGUGCCCACACGCACACGUGCCCACACGCACACGUGCCCACACGCAGACACACGUGGUCACCGGACCCAGAGGCUAAAUGUCUUGGGGAGGGAGGCCUUCAAGGGUCAUCUGGGCACAUGCUGGCCCCUGGCCUGCGCCUGGCUCCUCGUCCCACCCCAGCUCACCUGCAGGGCAGGGGCUCGGCCUCCCGGCCGGGGCUUACAUACACUGGGGGCGGCAGCUUGAAGCCACGGAGUCCUCAGGAGGCUUUCUCAUCUACCUUUAAAAAUAAAAUAAAUAAAUUGCUGCACUGCCCAGCAGCCCAGAACAGGGCUCCCGGGAGAGAGGCUUUUUCCCCAAAAUAAGAGAAACAUUUUUAAAAGAGAAAAAAGCUCUAAGGACUCCCCGCCAAGUGACAUCAGUGUGUGCUGCCUCAAUUUCCUGUACGAGAUUUUUGUACUCUAUUUUCCUAGCCAUUGUUGUGUCCUUGUUUGCUGAGGGGUGGGAGCGACCCAGCGUCUCAGGGACUCGUCUUGUCUGUCACCGUUGUCCAAGUGUGCCUUGUGUCCCGUGUCUGGCCCCGCCCCAUCCACCACCACCAGCAUCUCCCUUGUGGCUCAAGGGGCACCCCUGGCCUGCCCCGCAGGUGCCCUCCUAGCUUCCUCCCUGUGCCGCGGCCCCUCCCAGCAGCCACGGCUUUCUGGGAGUGAGAGACUGAGGGGCCGGUCAGGGGUUAUGUGGGCAGCUCUCUGUCACCUGGCUCCCCCAGUGACCCAGCGGCCCCCCCACCCCCCAUCUUGCCCUCCCCAGCGGUCAGUCGGGGCCUGCCAGGCAGCUUGGCCUCCUGGUCAGGGGCCUGCUCACCAGAGAAAUAGGUUCUCCCCUGUACCCAUCUUGACCCUUCCCUGCUCCCCCGGCCUGGGGCGAGGGCUCCAGAUUUCAGACAUUGGCAGCUGAUGAAGACAGCCCUUCCCCCUGGGUAGCCAGGCUUGGGCAUCAGGAGGCUUCUCCUGGCCUUUUGUUCCUGAAGUCCUUGUCUGCACAGCAAUAUUUGGGUGGCGUGCUGUGGGGCUGGCCUGUAGCUGCAUCUCCUUCCCUCUCUGGUGCAUUGUAACCGAUUUCCAGAUUGUGGGGGAAAGUUCGUGUUUAUUUUUGGUCAAGCCGACGGACACCCCAGGGUGGGUGGCCUACUGAGGCAGAACGGGGUCCCUGGAAACAGCUCUGGCACAGAACCUGCCCUGCAGGGGCUCGGGAUGAUGAGUGGAGAGCAGGCUCGUGGGAGGCAGUGUGUGAACUGGGGAGAUUGUCCAAACAUCUUGCUGGUGCUUGCAAGGAAAACUAUUCUGUCAGCAUCUCCUUCCAGCUUCACUGGGGGUCUGCAGUGCCCAGACUAGCUUGUCCUGUCUGCCUGAGCAUGCCACACAGUGCUUCUUGUGAGCACCAGCCCGCUCUGAGCAGGGUAGGAGGGCCUGAGUUGAAGAUCCCGCUGCAGGAGACACAAGUCCAGGCCCCUGGGAUGGUCUGUGCUCUCCGUUCUUGAAGCACCAGCUCCCCCAAUAGCUGGGGGCUCUGCUCCCACCCCAGCCAGCAGAAUCCUCCCUGGGUGACCAACUGUGGCCCCCAGCUGACCUUCCUGGCAGCUCAGCCCGUGGCUUUUCAGGCCAUGGUUCCCACGUGGGCCGGGGGCCCCUCUCUGCCACCAGCAGACAGGUGAGGGGGGUGGUCCUCAGGGCCAGGGUCUGGUGCUAGCAGUUACUCACACAUCCAUCCUCCCCUCCCACUAGCUCCCUGCCUUUUGCACGUGUUAGCUGUUGCUGGUGGCCACAGAGACCCAGUGGGGGCCUGGCUUGAGGCCACGUUGGAUAACUGAGCAUCGUUGAGUCUCUAGAAAGCAGAUGGGACCAGAACAGGCCUGCAGGGGUGUCUGUGACCUCUAUCCAUAUGCCCUCCCACACCUAUGUGGGCCACUGUGGCCCUCGGCCAGGAUCCUGGAACCCCAGGCUCAGGUUUGGGUCCCCACCCUCACUGGGAGGUGACCCCAUACACCAGGCCACCACUGCCCCAGUGCAGACCCAGCUGGCUGGGGAGACUGCAAGAAGGCUUCUUCUCCUUGGAGCUCUGGGCCUGCCUCUGUAGUUUGGGUCUUGGUGGCCCAGUGCCCAAGCCUGCCCUCCUGGGCUGAUGGAGCUGUGUGCCCAACCACAGCCCUGUGGGCUUCCGCCCUCCUGUCUGCCCCAGACAAUCCCCAUCUGCUGAGUGAGGCAGGCUUCCCCGGCUCUACCAACCCCUGCCUCUCUCUGGGCCAGCUAACCUGGGGCCCCCUCCCCACGGCCAUGUACACAGAACUCUGACCCCGGGCCACAUCUAGGGCAGGUUCUUUGCCAGAGUCUGGGGCUGCCCAGGGGCCCUGGUGCUGGCCAGGUCAGCGCAUCACAACAUCCUUGCUGGAGAGAAUUGGGCCACCCACCUGCCUGUUCACCGGGAGGGACUGUGCUGUACCAUUCUGUCUUUGUAAUAUAAAUACAGAUUUUUAUACCUCA